UUUCGCCAGACGAAAGCGGGCCUUUGCACACGACUACAAUCAUACAAGGAUAUCCGACUAGGAGAAGGCGAGAAGUGGGCAAUCCAGGAAGGAUCGCUUGUAGUUUGCAUCGACCCAUUAUACACUCAUUUGGAUCGCAAGGAACGGCAUCCAGAUGAAUUUGAAUUUGCCACUGGCGACUUCUAUAUUGUUUGCCGUUUAUAUGCUGACCUGUGGGCUCUUUGUGCGAAGGUAUCUCUUGCACCUCACUCGGAAAGCCAUUACGACGGAGUUAGCGAUAACUUUGAUACGCAUUUUGCAUUUCUUCCUCUUUGCACUUUGACACUGGCAGCAAAUCUCAGUGCCUUCAUGAAAAGAUGCUCCGGGUAUACUAAAAGCUUCCAACAGGAUAUAAGGUAUCCUGGUAACGGACUCCCUGUCACCCCUCCAGAGCGUUCUCACAGUCUUAAUGCAAGCAAGCAGAUUUUUCAAACGAACACACUGCAAAUGGAAAUGCCACCCAUUAUUCUCGAUGCUCGAAGUCAUUUUGCCGCAGAUGAAACAGAGAGGGACUUUGUUCCUCUUGACUCUACCUUGGAGCCACUAUUCUCUAGGUUUGGGGGUCGGAGGGAACGCGUGCAUCAACUUGGA